UGAUGAUUUAUUUCAAAGGUCGCCACAGUUAGUUGAAGGAAAUAUAACCUAAUACAUUGAAUAUCCGGCAAAAAAUAUUGAUCCGAAUCAAAUUGGUUAUUGCAAUGGCUUCAUCAUCUUUAACAACAACAUCAUCGAUUGUUGAAAUAAUGUCAUCAUCAUUUAUAUACAAUCAUAAUCAAAAUCAGGCCACAGAAUCACAAUGGCGUUAUCCAUUGAUUUGGACUAUUGUUCUUUGUAUUGCUUAUUCAAUCGUAUUCAUCAUGGGAUUAGUUGGCAAUAGUGCUGUACUUUGGGUGAUCAAUAUGAUGCGUCAUAAUACACCAAAUUCAAAUCAGAUGAUGGCCAGCUAUAAUAAUGUAUUUAAUUAUUUCAUCUGUAAUUUGGCAUUAGCAGAUUUGUUGGUCAUUUUAUUUUGUUUAUUACCAAAUCUUCUUGGUAAUAUAUUAACAACGUGGAUUCUUGGACGUUUUGUAUGUAAAGCAGUACCAUUUCUUCAGGGUGUUGCUGUCACUGCAUCUAUAUAUUCAUUGGUUGCCAUAUCAAUUGAUCGUUUUUAUGGAAUUUAUUAUCCCUUCAACAAUGGAUUCAGUCCUUUAGUCCGUCGAUAUGUUGUCGCCUUCAUAUGGAUAUUUAGUUUAAUAAUAUCCAGUCCAUGGUUAAUAUUUUUCGAUGUUCAUACUAUUGAUGAUCAAUUGAUGUGUCAUGAAAUUUGGCCGGAAGAAUGGAUUUCAAAUUUUUAUUUCAUAUUCGUUAAUUUUGGUCUACAAUAUUUGCUACCUGUAUUGAUUACAAUCUUUUUCUAUCUAUUAUUAUAUGUAAAAAUUUCACGCCGUCAAUUACCAUUGAUUAUUGAUAAUAGUAAUGGUCAAACGAAUACCCUGAAUAAAGAUUCAAGUAUUGAUAAAAUGAAUAGUCGUAUUGUUGAAAAAUCACGUCUUAAGGUGCUUAAAAUGUUGAUUACAAUCGUUUCCGUAUUCGUUCUUAGUUGGUUACCCUUAUAUGUAAUUUUUUGUUUUCUUAAAUUCACCCAAAUUGAUGAAACUUCAUUCGCAGGACUUCUAAUAAUUGGAUUAACACCAUUAGCACAAUGGUUAGGAGCGGCUAAUUCUUGCAUAAAUCCAAUACUUUAUUUUUUCUUCAAUCCGAAAUUUCGUUCUUAUCUACGGAAAGCUAUAACAAAAAGCUAUCUAAGAUAUCUAAAUCAUCGUGAUUCUAAUUAUUUGACAAAUUGUAAUGUAAAAAAUUCCUAUCAUUGGCGUUCAGCAACUAUACGGAAUACAUUAAAUCUACCGCCAACGCCGUCAUCAUUCAAUAAUCCAUCGAACAAACCUCAAUCAUCGCCAAAUAUUUUCAAUACAUUAUCAUUAUCAUCAUCAUCAUCAUCUUCAUCAAAAACCAUUGAAAAAACUAUGGAUAAUUAUCAAAAUCCAAAUGAUAUAAAAAUUUAUAGUGAAAACAAUUCUGUUCAUAAACAUGCAAUGCUACUAUUAUCGCAACGUUUGAAUACGAAUUAUUCUAAUCAAACAGAAUCCAGCAAAACGAGUGAAUCAAAUACUGAAUUCAAUCCGGUGAUUGAUUUGAAUUUUGAUGUUGGCUGCGUUCCAACAGCAACAGCAACAAAAAUAAUGUAUCCCGCAAUGAAAAUGACUAAUUCAUUAUUAUCGGAAAUCAUUAAUGGUGGUAUUGAUGAUGAACGAACAUCAUCAUCAUCGUUAACACCAUUAUCGCCAACAACAAAGACAAUGACCAAAAAUAUUUUUACACAAAAAUCCAAUAAUCGUAGUAACAGAAGAAAAUUACACAUAAAUCGAAGAACGAAAAAAUUUCACACAAAUGUUCAAAAAAACAAUAUUAAUCUCAUUAAUAAGAAUAAUUAUAAUGGAAACAGAUUAAUUUCGACAACAUCAAUGAAUCUUGAAACAUCUGUUUAA